UGCCUGCCAAAACCGUUUCCAAAAAUCUGUUUCAUUCGUGUUUGUUAUUUACGUUAUUUAUUGCAUUACUGUUGCAUUUGUUUUAAUAAUUAGUUGCACUUAAUCAGUAAUUAACAUUGCCUAGUAGGAUUAGUUAGCAUAGGCGUUUGUAUAUCGGAAAAGCUACAUGUCUUAUCACACGUGAAGAAAAUUUUACUUUGAUAUUAGACAUCGACUGAUUGCUGCGCUGAUUGACUAAUAGUCAAUGACUAUACUAUUUUUAAUAGCACUAGGAUGGUCACCAUUAGAUGGAUUCGGGACCAGUACAUGAAGCGUUAAUUAUUCGACGGUAUGUACAUGUUAUGCUUGACCCUAGCGGAAGUCUGGACACUGCUGUGACCAUAAAGGUCAGUCUGGGUAGCAAUGUGGUGUCCUACACCAAGUGUAAAACCCAAUGCGCCAUCAAGCAGGAAGAUUGUUUAUGACUGGCGUCAUGAAAGUGUUCCAAGAAGACUUUUUCCCAAACCUCCCCCUCCACCGCAAUGGAACUGGGGACCAAUUGACGUCAUUCUGGAAUCUGAAAAUUCUGAUCGCGAGAGUAUAGAGAAGGAAAUAGCAGACGACGACGAGGAUGUAGAAGAAAUGUCUUCGUAUAGCCAAUUUGCAGUUGAUCAUAGCAAAGGUGGAGCAACGAUAUUAGAGUACAAUCACGGACAGGCAGAACAAAAUCAGGAUAAAAAGUUUUUUGUCAACCCUUUCUAUUCAUCCAAAAAUGAGAGUUCUUCUGACCCGUUGCAUAAAUCGAAUCUCGAAGACGAUUUUUCUUCUGCGCCGCCAUUAACUGAUUCUCCAGGAUCGUUACCAACAUGUGUAUCAGCAGAUGAUAUUGCGCUUAAGAAUGAAAUUGUAAAGCCAGAGCUGAAAUACCCCAAAAACAGUAUUAUGCCAAGAAAUGGAAUGAAACGCAGGAAAAUCGCUCCACAAGAACCUUGUGACUUAAUUAUUGGACAGAAAUUAACCACAGUUAGAACAUGUUCGAGUAUAUACGCUAAACCUUUGACUAAAUCGAAACGAGAGCUUCGAAAGAGAUUUCAAUCAAAUUGUUAUCUAAAUAGAAGUCUGUGGCAACAAUCAUGCUGCGCUCAUACCAAUCUCUUUGUCGAUACCAUGCUUUAAUUUGGGGGUUUG